AUGCAAACUAUUCUUUAUAAUUCAGGUGGACAACGUCAUCUAGGUGCGUAUGGAAUUCUCUAUCAAGAAGAAAGAAAUUUUCAAGGUGUAGCAUCUGACUACGGAGCAAGGUGGGCAUUCCUAAAUGCCCCUGAAGAAGAUAGGAAACUUUAUGAGACGGAGCGAUACUAUGAAGGCGAACUCAGAUAUGUUUUUGACAUUCUUCAAGAUGGAGAUUAUGUGAUCAUCUUGAAAUUUUCUGAAGUUUAUUUUGAGAAACCUGGAGGAAAGGUAGCAUUCAACAUUUUGCUUAUCUAA